AUGGAAGGUCAGCUUCUCGAGGCACAGAACUCAAAUGCUGGACUGGCCCAUCAGUUGGCCAAAAAAAAGGAAGAGAUCACCAAACUCAAUAGUGAACUGACAACGGCCAUAACCAAAACCGCACGAGACCAAGGAGCGUUGGCGAGGGCGAGGGCAAAGGCUAGAGCAUCCAAAGAGGCAAAGGCAAAUGAGAUCAAAGCGCUGAGGACGAAAUUACAGGAAUCUGCGGGAGAAGCCGAAGGUCUUAAGGCCACUAUCUUACAGAAGGAGGACGAAUUCGAAGAGUUGAAGCGAGAGUUGUCAGAGUCGAAGAAGCGAGCUGGUGAGCUUAGCAUGGAGCUUUCAAAGUCGAGAACAGAUGCCGGUGAACUUGACAGGCAGCUGACUGAAUCGAGGAAAAUUUCGAACGACCUGGCGAAGCAGCUGGAUGCCGCUAAGAAAAGGGUGUGCAAGACAUGCGCCGGUAAGGGGUGCGUGGGUGGUUGCGGCGGGGUUCUAAUUUCCAGAAGGACCUCCCCCGUGUACUGGGAUUGGCCAGACGGGCCCCAAAAAUACUUCAUGGUAUUGCACAAGUAUACGCGUGAUGGUAAAGAGGUAAACUCGCAGAGGAAAGUAGUCCAGAUAACCAAACAAGAGCACGACGAUUUGGCUGAUGCCAUGGACGAACCCUUGGGCAUGCAAGGUUUGGCUGCGAAAUAUGCUUGCACAGUUUCCCUGGGCUAUCUGAGGUCAGCACGUAACAGUUUGUACAAUCGGGCGAUCAAUGAGGGAAUAACUCCUAUCGAAUUCAUCACAAUCUAUCAGGUGCAAGAGAAGUUUGAUGGAAUACACGAGCUUGAACGACAACAGUCGGAGAACCGGAGAUCCGAAACCUUAAGGAGGCAAAAGUCACAGGACAGAAAAAACCUGGGCAAUCAGCUACAGGUCUCAAGGAAAGAGGUUGAGGAUCUCAAAUAUGAGCUAGCUAAAGCUUCAAGAAAAAUCGAUGAACUGCGCGAACGUGUUUCAAAAUCGAAAGAGGCUGUUAACAAACUCAGAGACCAACUUUCGAAAGCGAAGGCAGAAGUGGAGGGAUUGAGAGAACAACUGAAUAGAUCGCGGGGCGCUAUCAACCUUCGUCAAAAUUCCUCGAAAGGCAGAGUCGAUCAACUGACCAUCGAGUACAAGGCAUCCAAAGAUGAGGUGGACUCACUAAAGGAGCAGCUGACUUCGCAGGAGAAGACCGCCGCUGACCUCAACGCUCAACUGUCAGAUUCGAGGAACAAAGCUGUCGACCUCAACUUGCAGCUUUCCGAGUGGCCUAAAAAACGAGCUGACCUCGAGAAGCAGCUGUCAGCCUCCCGGAUGCUGAACGCCGAACUCAACGGUCAGUUGCUGGCCGCGCAGACGGAAUCUUCAGGCCUUCGGGGUCAGCUGACAGAGGCGAAUAACGCGAGGACAGCUCUCAAAGCUCAGCUGCCGAAGCUGGACAAAGAAAUUGUCGAUCUCAAGAAUCAGCUGCAGAAGGCGAAGUCAGAAGCUGCCAGUAAGCAAAGAGAGCUGACGGAGGAAGUUAACCAAGCCGAAACGGAAAGUAACGAGGCUGUGAUCGGCGAAUUAAGAGAGGAAUACCAGCAAGCUUUGGCGAAAGUCAGCGCUCUCAAAGCGAGUCUUUCAAAGAAACAAGACGAGAACGCGGACUUGAGACGACAGCUGUUACAGUCGCAGAGCCGAGCUGAUGAACUUAGCAAGCAGCUUUCACAGUCGAAAAAAGACGCGGCUGAACUUAAUAGCCAGCUGGCGGUGUCGAGAGGAACUUCCGCUGAUUUGAAAAAGCAGCUGGAUAAGUUCAAAAAGGAAUCGGACUCGCGUAAGAAAUGUGCAGCUUCCAAAGAUCCCACUGAAAUAGACAUAAUACACCAAGCUAUGUUGAACAGAGAUACCUGGGUCAAUAUAAGGAAGCCCUAUAAGUACCCUAUAGAAGAGCGGAGUUUCGAGAUGACAUCAGGUGAAAUAGAUGGAAUGAACAAGGCUCUAACCAAUAUCCAGGAAAGAUUAAAAAAGGGAAAGAAAGUAUAUAAGUAGAG